CCAAUCUCGAGUCAUGGAAGUUUCCUCCUUUUAGAAAGUCGAUCAGCUACUACUUUGGCUCAAUGAUCUGAGUCAAUCACUCACCUCUUCCAAGUUGACUUCGAUGUCUUCACCAGUUUCAGAACCUCUAAACAUCCCCGUCGACAUCUUCUAUGAAACCCUUCUCCAUUCCGACGACAAUGAUACCGCUUUCUUUUGGCUCGACUGUCGUCGAGUUUCGCACAGCUUCCAUAGCGCAGUCGAGCACGUCUUUGCAGUAAAGUACCUAAGUCAAUCAUUCAUUCACGUACAUUCUACUAGGGGAGAACAAACUGGAACCAGCCAUAAGAAGUUCGAGUUCUCCCAUAUCGACCCCACAGAUUCAUCCCGCGCAAUAUACAAACACCCCAAACUCGAUGAACGCUAUCUGGAGGAUAUCUGUCACUGUUUGAAUACGGUGCUCGAAGCUAGCGUUUCUCAGCUCGAAUGGCCAAAGAUCCUCAUUGAAGUCCAACAUCAUUUCAACGACACAAUGUUACCAGACCUCCGGUACAGCUUCGACCCUCAAUCGAGCCUAUUUGAGAUCAGUUUUAAUUGGAAAGGAAUGUUUAGCCAUUUUUUCCGAGAAGAGAGAGAGGUGGCGAGGAAGAUCAAUAUUGCGGCUGAACAGGGAGAUAAAUUGAAGUCCUCGGAAAUGUGGGUAUUGUUUUGGUCAAAUAAGAUAAGUGUCCGUAGGGCGAUCCGUGAGGAGAGGAUUCAGCGAUUCAUGACAGAGAGGACAGUGAUGGGUACCGAUUUUAGAAUCGACGGUGACAACAGGUAGAAUACGCCCUACAAACGUGUAGGCCUAUUCGAGUUUUGUUGAGUCUCCUGACCCCUGUUCAGCCGGAACCAGAUUUAAUUCAUUGCAGAUCGUCAAAUCUGAGAUACCAAAGAAUUCAAUAGCCGGGCCCAUAGCGGUGGAAUAUAAUUCACGACUUGCACUGGCUAAAUAGCAGACGACCUUCUUGUCAAAGUUUCAAGGACUCGGGCACCUGAGGGCGGGUCGAUUAGAGCCGAUGUUGUAUAUGUCAAACUGCUCUCUCUCCUUCCGACGUCGACGUCGUUCCUUCUCCAGACGACUCAUUCUUAUCG